GAAACAAAAUGGAAUUAAAUAUCGAUUAAAUUUAGUGUCAAUUAAUUGAUUUUGCCAAUAUAACACUGUCAAGCAUAGAUUGUAGCUUUGCAGUUCCUUGGCGACUCUCGAGUGUAUCGGGUUUUCGUGACACGAGAAAAAUCAUGGGGCUCGUACUCGCGGCAAUUCUGGUGCUCUUAGCUUUCGAGGGAAUCGACGCUCACGGAAAACUCGUGAAUCCCAUGAACAGAGGAACCCUCGGCGGCUAUCUCUACGACAAUCAAAACUUUUGCGGGGGAUACUGGACUCAGCACGUGAACGGAGGAAAAUGCGGCGUUUGCGGCGAUAAUUACAAAGAUCAAGUACCCAGAGCUCAGGAGAACGGAGGUCGAUACGGCCGAGGAAAAAUCGUCCAAACCUACAAGUCCGGGGAAAACAUCAGUGUCACCGUGGAUCUGAGCGCAAAUCACGAUGGUUACUUUCAAUUCGCCGUGUGUCCGCUCGACGAUCAAGCCGAGACAGAGGAAUGUUUCGAGGCUCAUCCUCUGCUGCUCGCCGAGGACGGAUCGGACAAGUACUACGUCGGCAGGAAGAGCGGCCGACUCGACAUCGAUCUGACUCUGCCGAAAGAUCUCAAGUGCCAACAGUGCAGUCUCAGAUGGCAUUACCACACGGCCAACAUGUGGGGCAUGUGUGAAAAUGGCCGCGGACAAAUGGGUUGCGGCCCCCAGGAGAACUACAGGACCUGCUCCGACGUUGCAAUUGUGUAAAAGUUUCGCGCGUACGAAUACAAAUGUGGGCGUGAACGAACGUACCGAUUACUUCUGCAGCUCGGCUGACGUUAUUAUUUUGUACUCAUUAUGUAGUGAAUGUUUAUUAAAAAAAUGUUUGUGUACUAGCUACGAAUUCAUUUGCUAACGAGUCGAUUAAAUCGAUUAAUUAUAUAACUCGCGCCAUCAAUGUUAAAUUGCCGCAGUGCACCUCUUAUUGCACAUGAUCCACUUGAUCUAAUAUUGUCAACAGCCAUGUAUAUAAUAUG